GGAAGGACCGCUCUCCCUCCCGCGGCGAAGGGAGCGGGCGGACGAUGGCGGCGGCCCCGGCUGUGGUGUUGAAAGCACCGGCGCACCACGCUGGAACGGGUGGAGAAAUUCAUUUCCCCGCUGUAUUUCACGGACUGCAACCUCCGCGGCAGAUUAUACACAGCCAGCUGCCCAGUUGCCUCACUCUCCUACUUCCUGACCUCGAAACGAGUCCCCUACAGCCAGGCGAUCCAGCAGGACUUCCUCCCAGCCCAGGUCGGCGACUCCUUUGGCCCCACGUGGUACAGCUGUUGGUUCCGGGUGGAGCUGAACGUGCCCAAGCCUGGGUGGGCCAGGAAGUUCACCUGCGCUGGGAGAGUGAUGGAGAGGCCCUGGUGUGGCGGGACGGGCAGCCGGUGCAGGGUUUGUCCAAGACGGGCGAGAAGACCAGCUACAUCCUGACGGACCGGCUUGGGGAGCAUGAUCCCCAGAGCCUGACCUUGUACGUGGAAAUGGCCUGCAGCGGGCUCUGUGGGGAUGGGCAGGGCAGCAUGAUCCAGCCCCCGGACCGCCACAAGAAGUUUGCCGUGAGCCGGGCCCAGCUGGCUGUAUUCCAGCGGGAAGUCCAUGAGCUCCUGGUGGAUCUGGAGACACUGAUGGACAUGGCCAAGUUCCUUGGGGAGGACAGCCAGCGCGGCUUCCAGGCCCUCUACGCCGCCAACCAAAUGGUCAACGUGUGCCGCCCGUCAGAACCGGACACCUGGGCCGAGGCCCGCUCCCUGGCCAAAGCCGUCUUCCAUCAGCGCAACGGGGACAGCCAGCACACCAUCCACGCCAUGGGGCACUGCCACAUCGACUCAGCCUGGCUCUGGCCCUACGAGGAGACGAUUGGGAAAUGUGCCCGCAGCUGGGCAACCGUCAUCCGGCUCAUGGAGAAGAACCCAGAGUUCACAUUCACCUGCUCCCAGGCUCAGCAGUUGGCCUGGGUGAAGAGCGCGUACCCAGGGCUCUACAGCCAGAUCCAGGAGCAUGUGCAACGGGGCCAGUUUGUGCUCGUCGGGGGCACCUGGGUAGAGAUGGACGGGAACCUGCCCAGCGGGGAAGCCAUGGUGCGCCAGUUCCUGCAGGGCCAGGCCUUCUUCCAGCAGGAGUUUGGAAGGAUGUGCUCAGAGUUCUGGUUGCCCGACACUUUCGGCUACUCGGCCCAGCUCCCCCAGAUCAUGAGCGGUUGUGGCAUCCACCGCUUCCUCACGCAGAAGCUCAGCUGGAGCCUGGUCAACUCCUUCCCCCAUCACACAUUUUUCUGGGAAGGACUGGAUGGCUCUCGGGUGCUGGCGCACUUCCCCCCCGGGGACUCGUACGGGAUGGAGGGCCGCGUGGAGGAGGUGCUGAAAACCCUGAAGAACAACAAAGAUAAGGGGCGGGUGAACCACAGCGCCUUCCUGUUUGGGUUUGGGGAUGGGGGCGGCGGUCCCACGCAGACCAUGCUGGAUCGGCUGGAGCGGAUCAAGGACACAGACGGCCUGCCCAGGGUGCAGCUCUCCAACCCGGAGCACCUGUUUGCGGAGUUGGAGCGGGAUUCGGGGCAGCUGUGCACCUGGGUCGGGGAGCUGUUUCUGGAACUGCACAACGGCACCUACACGACCCAGGCCCAGCUCAAGAAGAGAAACCGGGAGAGUGAGCAGAUCCUGCACGACGUCGAGGUCCUCAGCUGUCUAGCCCUGGCGCGGGAUAACUCCUUCCAGUAUCCUUCCGCGGAGCUGCAGCGACUCUGGCGGCUGCUCCUUCUGAAUCAGUUCCAUGAUGUGGUGCCCGGCAGCUGCAUCCAGCGGGUGGUGGAGGAUGCCCUGGAGUUCUAUGCAGAGAUCCGCCAGAGCAGCUCUGGCCUCCUGGGGGCUGCGGUGCAGUCCCUGUGUGGGCCAGGCCCCGGGGACGGAGACCGGGCCCCGGCCCAGAACCUCCUCGUCCUCAACACGCUGCCCUGGGAGCGGACCGAGGUGGUGUCCUUGCCGGAGCCUGGUGGAACGGAACGUCUGGCGCUGGUGAAGGCACCCAGUCUGGGCUAUGCUCCUGUCCCGGAUCCCGGCCCCUGCCCGUCUCCCUGGUCUGUCCGCGUGGUGCCCAAGGCUGACGGUUCCGUGAGGAUGGAGAACGGCAUUAUCUGCGUGUGCCUGGACCGCACAGGACGUGUCACGUCCUUGGUUUUGGAGGCGUCGAAGAGAGAGACCCUGCCCGAGGGUGGCCUGGCCAACCAGUUUGUGCUGUUCGAUGAUGUGCCCUUGUACUGGGACGCCUGGGACGUGAUGGAUUAUCACCUGGAGACCCGGAAACCAGUGACUCAAUUGGCCCAGCCCCUGAAGGUGGAGAGCCCCGGGGGGCUGCGGGGCAGCGUCAGCUUCUCCCUGAGGCUCAGCGAGAGGAGUGUCAUCACCCAGGAGGUGGUGCUGGACGCCAGGUGCCCCUACGUCCGCUUCCAGACGCAGGUGGACUGGCACGAGGCCCACAAGUUCCUGAAAGUGGAGUUUCCAGCGUGGGUACGGAGCCCGCAGGCUACCUACGAGAUCCAGUUUGGGCACCUGCAGAGGCCGACACACUUCAACACCUCCUGGGACUGGGCUCGCUUCGAGGUCUCUCCCACCCGAGGUGUGGGCCCACCGCUGGAUGGACCUGGCCGAGCACGGCUUUGGGCUGGCGCUGCUCAACGACUGCAAGUACGGGGCCUCCGUCCGCCGCAAUGUCCUCAGCCUCUCUCUCCUGAGAGCACCUAAAGCCCCGACCCCACAGCAGACAUGGGACACCGUAUCGAUU